UCCUAUUCCAUACAUACACGUCCUCAACAAUAAUUUGUGCCCUCCUCUUUCUUCUCUCUCCCUCUCUUUCUUUCUCUCUCUCUCAUCCGCUUUUCUGUAAUCAACCAGAGACCAUGUCUGUUCAAGUGAUGCCGGAGAAAACACUACAAGGAAUCCAUGUCUUGAGUCGGGAAAAUAGCUCUCUCUCCUCCACCCCUAGAAGGCUGGAGGGUAAAGUUGCAAUCGUGACCGGAGGUGCCAGAGGGAUAGGAGAAGCGACGGUGAGGCUGUUUGCAAGACAAGGUGCGAAGGUGGUCAUUGCCGACGUUGAGGAUGAGUUGGGAAUCGUUCUUGCUAGAUCCUUAGCCCCAUCGGUGACUUACGUUCAUUGCGAUGUCAGCCUGGAAGAAGAUGUAGAGAAGUUGAUAAAUUCCACGGUCUCACGACACGGCCGUCUCGACAUCCUCUUCAACAAUGCUGGGGUCCUGGGGAAUCAAUCAAAGCACAAAAGCAUCAUAAACUUUGAUGCAGAUGAAUUCGACCGUGUAAUGAGAGUGAAUGUGAGAGGGGUUGCACUGGGAAUGAAGCAUGCGGCACGGGUGAUGGUGCCGAGGGGGAGUGGAUGCAUAAUCUCGACGGCGAGUGUAGCAGGUGUGUUGGGAGGGUUGGGUCCUCACGCAUACACAGCCUCAAAGCAUGCCAUUGUGGGGCUUACUAAGAACACGGCAUGUGAACUGGGCAGGUACGGGAUCAGGGUUAACUGCAUUUCUCCAUUUGGGGUGGCCACCUCCAUGCUUGUUAAUGCAUGGAGGAGAUGCAACGACGUACAGGACUGUAUGGACAUAGUAGGGAUACCCUGUGAGGAGGAAGUUGGGAAGAUGGAGGAGUUUGUGAGAAGCCUUGCCAACCUUAAGAGUGCAACCCUAACCGUUAAAGACAUAGCUGAGGCUGCUCUUUACCUUGCUAGUGAUGAAUCCAAAUAUGUGAGUGGCCAUAACCUUGUUGUCGAUGGCGGAAUCACUACUUCAAGAAAUUGCGUAGGCUUGUAAUAAGAGUAAGACCAUGGCCAACGAUUUUAAUUACUUCACCAUCCAGAUUAAGAUUAUUCCAGACCACCCAUAAUUGAAUUAUUUUAAUGUAAAGCCUUUGUCCUCCUCUUCCUCUUCAUAAUUAUUUUAUUUUUCAUUGCAAUGAGGGCCAAUUAAGUUCUUCAUUUUCAUCCAGAAAUUAGAACG